AUGACGUGGAUGCUCUACUUCAGCCUUACCCUGGCAGCAGGCCUCGCGCUUCACGCCUUCGUUUCGAAUCUGGUCCUGCGCCGCCAGCGAGGCCUCCCUCAUAUUCCCGUAGUUAAGUUCGAUGAAAAUGACACCCAGGCCAGCUAUAUCACACGAACGAAGGAGAUCAUGCAUCGGGGUUAUGUAGAGUAUAACAAACGAGGAAUUGCGUUCCGAAUCCGUAACCCGGUCGACGAGGGAAGCCCCCAAGUCAUUAUGCCAAAGAAAUACUUGGAUGAGGUGAAGAGUGCAUCCGAAGACCACCUGAGCUUUCCAUUGUACUCAAUUCAGGCUUUCCUGCUGAAAUACAGCGGAUCGGUGCUUCCAUCUGCCGCAGCCACGCAUGUGACUCGCAUUGAUUUGAACAAAAAUCUCGGGGAAUUGGUGGAGCCAAUGAGGGACGAGUGUCUUGAGACAUUCAAGACGGUGAUACCGGAAUGCCCAGAAUGGACGUCGCUAAAGCCAUGGGAUACGUUCUUCCCGGUCAUCUCCAGAAUUACGGGGAGAGUGCUGGUUGGACCCAAGCUUUGCUGUCAUCCGGAAUGGAUUCAGCUGACCAUCGCCAAUACGACUGGGAUCAUGAAAUCCGCCAUGGGGAUUCGAGCGUCCUACUCGGCUCGGUGGCAGUGGCUCGCUCCCUGGACCUACAGUGGGCGAAAGGACCUCCUGACGCUUCGAAAAAGGGCGACCGAAAUGAUCGAGCCGCUGUACCACGAGCGCACGUCUGAUCGCUUGGCUGCUUCACCGGAUAUGCAUCGGGAUGCGGUCCAAUGGCUCAUCGACGGCCACCAGAAUGGCAAGACCAUCACCCCGGCGGAGAUUGCCGAUGGCCUAUUGUUUCUGUACACGGCGGGCAUCCACACCACAAGCACCACGGUGGUCUCCAUCAUGUAUGAUCUAAUCGCGCACUCGGCAUUCAUCCCGGAAUUGCUGCAGGAGAUCCGUCAAGUACAGGCCGAAUCGCCGGGAUGGUCCAAGCAGAGUCUCGCGAAACUGCGCAAAUUAGACAGUUUCAUGAAGGAGAGUCAACGCCUACACCCCGUAGGUCUUGUCACGGGCCAACGUUCCACGGUCAAGCCGUAUACAUUUAACGAUGGACUGCAUCUCCCAGCUAACACAUUUCUGAUGUUCCCCACCUAUGAAUUCACGCAUGAUGCCGACACGUAUCCUCAGCCGGAGAAAUUCGACCCUCUUCGCUUUUAUCGCAUGCGGACGGAGGGGGACGCGGCCAAAUUCCACUUCGCCAGCGUAUCAAAUGAUUCGACCAACUUCGGAGCCGGUUUUCAUGCAUGUCCCGGGCGCUUCUUCGUUGCGCAUGAGCUGAAGAUUAUUCUCAGCGAGUUACUCCUGCAGUAUGAAUUCAAAUUUGCUGAGGGAACCGAACGCCCCCCGGACCAGUACCAUGAUAUCAACGUCAUUCCUAACCAGCAGGCGCAGCUCCUUGUUCGCCGAAGGCCAAGGGACGAACUGUGA